UCAUCCUCUUUCACUGUGGGGAGAGAGAGCGAGAGAGAGAGAGAAGAAGAAUACGCAGAAUCCGUCCAAUUUAGGGUUAGGGCAGUCCGUAAUCUUGAAACCUGGUCCCGGUUUCUGAUCUGUUUUCCGGAUCGGAAGACACGAAGAGGGCGGACAAGAAGUUGCGAAAAUGGGCGCUAAUUCGCUUCCGACGGAAUCAACCCUCGAUCUGGAUGAGCAGAUCUCGCAGCUCAUGCAGUGCAAGCCCCUCUCGGAGCAACAGGUCAGAGCACUAUGCGAGAAAGCAAAGGAGAUCUUGAUGGAAGAAAGCAACGUACAGCCUGUGAAAAGCCCUGUCACAAUCUGUGGUGACAUUCAUGGACAGUUCCAUGAUCUUGCAGAGCUUUUCCGUAUAGGGGGACAGUGUCCAGAUACCAAUUAUCUGUUUAUGGGAGACUAUGUGGACCGUGGAUAUUAUUCUGUUGAAACUGUUACGCUGUUAGUUUCCUUGAAAGUACGGUACCCUCAGCGAAUUACUAUUCUCCGAGGAAACCAUGAAAGUCGUCAGAUCACUCAAGUUUAUGGAUUCUAUGACGAAUGCCUGCGGAAGUACGGCAAUGCCAAUGUAUGGAAAAUCUUCACAGACCUCUUUGACUAUUUUCCGCUGACAGCCUUGGUUGAAUCCGAAAUAUUCUGUCUUCAUGGUGGAUUGUCCCCAUCUAUUGAAACCCUUGACAACAUAAGGAAUUUUGACAGAGUGCAAGAAGUUCCGCAUGAAGGACCCAUGUGUGAUUUGUUAUGGUCUGACCCUGAUGACCGAUGUGGUUGGGGGAUCUCACCUCGUGGUGCUGGAUAUACUUUUGGUCAGGACAUAUCUGAACAAUUCAAUCACGCUAACAGCUUAAAACUCAUUGCCCGAGCCCAUCAGCUGGUUAUGGAUGGAUUCAACUGGGCACAUGAGCAAAAGGUGGUAACUAUAUUCAGUGCACCGAACUACUGCUAUCGGUGUGGAAACAUGGCAUCGAUUCUUGAGGUCGAUGACUGCAGGGGCCACACGUUCAUCCAGUUUGAACCAGCACCGAGGAGAGGAGAACCAGAUGUUACUCGAAGGACCCCUGACUACUUCCUGUGACUCUCCCCGCCGUAAAGACCCUCUCUCCCCGCAAGUUCGGCUCUACGCAAUUGUGUUCAGUGGUUGCUUCUUUUGUUUUGUUUUUUAAAUCGAUUUUUAGUGUCCUGCCCGGAAUAGUGUAUUAUUGUAGGCGAGGAGGACACUCUUCCUUUGUCCUACUUUGUAGGCAAACGUAUCAUUCCCACCAUCCAUCCCCUCAACCCCAAUGAGGAUGAAGAAGACGAAGAAGAGAAAAUGGUAGCAAAGGAGAGAGAGUUGAAAUGAAACACCUAUGAGAUUGUUUGGCUGCUCAGACUCGUGUCUUUACUUGCGAGAUAUUCUAAUUUUAUUUUCACGUUGCUUCUUCCCC